CGCGGGCCCGAGUUGUGAUAGCAUGUUUGCGUGACAAGCAGGAGGUGAGCAGAAUGCGAUUGAAUCCUUCAUCAUGUGUGUCGGCACUGCUUCUUGAAAGCCUGCUCACAAAUCAUCUUGUAGUGGAGGCCAAGCAGGUUGACAUGUGGACAUGGGAAGCCCUCCGGGCUAUUUUUCGAUGUCCUACCAGUGCGCCAAGUUGUCCGCACUGCACUGAAAAAAGCAUUUGUUAAAUUUACUCAAUUUUAUUGUGUCGAGUGGUUGCAUGGAAUAAGAUCAUCUGGUUGUAUAGUCUACUUUUAUUUUGUGCAGCCACUUAACGAAAUAAAAUCGAGUGAAUUCAACACGUUUUUUUUCCCAGUGUAAAAAUUCAGCUUUGAACUACGCGUUUUGAAAAAUAAUCGAAUUAUGACUUUUUCUCCCCCCUCAAUGUUGCUAUUUACUAUGCGAUUUCUCACAUUUGAUUUAACAAGGUCAGAAUCGGUUAUGCAACACUAUUUUUUUGAAAAUCUCAAAGCUCUUCUCCUCGUGUGCUAAAUUGUCUCACGAGUGAGACUUGAGCGCGCUAGCACAGGAUAUCAAAUGUUUUAACGGCUGGCCAUGUGAUAAUGCGCAUACAUUUCUCUGAGCUCCCUUUUGUGUUUGACAUUUAUUUUACUAGCCCAUAGAAGUGGAAAGCUUUUUCUAUUAUCUUCUCCAUCAAAGGAGGCGUCCAGUACGUGAAACAAUUUCCAUGUGCUAAUCCCCCAAUGAUGGUGGCUCCCCUUGAUUUAACUGUCUUAUGACAUUUUUUUUUUCUCCCCUGCUGGUAAGCCUCACUAAGCGGAUCCAUGUAAUGGCCACAGAGGUUGCGUUUUUCCUUGUUGUGCUCAGUGAAUGUCUGUGCUUGUUUCCAUCGGACAUUUUGAAUCACUGAAAUUGCACUGAUUCUAUUUAAGUGUCUUUUUAGUGUGUCCCCCUCCCCAAUUCUUCCGGUUUUUGAACAAAAUGUUGGCGUCAAAUGUUCUCUUGUGCAAAAGGUCACCCAAAGCAUUCCAUCGCAAUGAUUUGUCAAUACGUGUCGGUUUGUCAUUCUACGUCAGUUUUCAUCGAGGGCUAGUUCUCAAAGUCACGACAUUGUCAAAGACACACGUGCUUAUUUUGUUGCAAAAAAUGCACACGCAAAGUUUUGCACUGAUGUGAUCAAGCCGCAGCUGUCGGGUCUACUUUCUGGUGUCAAAAAAAAAAAAAAGUUUGGAGUUUUACAGUUUGUGUAAACACACCAGCCACUUUAGCAGGUAACAAAAUGUUCCUGCCAUUUGAACAAUGGACUUUUUCUACUCCCAGCCCCGGUCCCCGUCAGUUGUCUUCAUCCAGACCUCCUUGAGCAGUUCUAGUCCUACCAUGCUUUUGUCUCCUGUCUUCUAGAACGCUGCUUCUUCUCGCCUGCCUCGUCCACCGUUUUGCUGUGUGUAGACAUGUAAACACGAAUGAUGCUCGUGCUCGCCUCGACCAUCACCGUUGCUAUUGGAUAGAUGUCGCUCUUGAACGCUUCUCGUUACAGUCUUGUGUUAGCGUUAGACUCCUCGUGCCGUAGAUUUCCAGCCUCGUCCUGUACUACUUUCGUUUUUUUCAAUCUUUCUUAGUGUGUCUCACUUUUUUUUUUUGGCAACAUAUUUGGAGGCUACUGGCCUUGUUGUUCGGCUUUGCGCUAUUCCCUCUUUUUGCUUUGUAAACCGGUCUCAUCUGUGCCUCUGUUGAAGCAGGUCAGCAGCCUAUGCGGCAUCUGCUCAGGCUCUUGAAUGUCCACAGCAAAUCAUGUGAUCAUGGGGCCCCAAGUUGUCCCAAUUUGAUGGAGAUAGUGGGGACGAUAAUGUAAUUCACAGCUGAUCAGUGUCAGCUAAAAAAAAACAACGCUUUUUUCCCCCCUCUCAAUUUUUAGAGGUCACAAAGCGACAGAGACCUUGCCAAAUGCAACAGCAAUAGCUUAGUUUUAUACUAAACAAUGAAAUGAUGCAGGUUUGUUAGUCGAUGAUAAAAAGAAAUAAGAAAAAACGGGCCGCUGACCCGGAUGUGGAAAGAUUUUGCUCACGUGGACGACAGUCAGGACAAUCCGUAAAAUACUACAAACUAAGUCCGAAUUGAAAGAGCGACGGGUUAACAAACGUGACACGUUUAGACUACCUUCAAAUACAAGCCUCGCGUGUGUCAAUUCUUUUGUGACAAGCACAUUUGUGCCCCAAGGGUAGCAUGGGUUCGUCAUACAAUUAAGACUUCUCAAUAAGAAUGUACAUUUGUUGUUUACUGUGGAAGAAAUCAAACGGGCUCGAAUGCGGAAAAAAAAUGUGGUCGGGACACCUCUACUCAGCACUUUCAUACAAGAUGUCGCCGUCAAGCGUGUAUUCAAUUCAUCCCGGGAACUUGACCACGUCCUGCUCUGCGCGCGCAGUUCUCCUAAACAAGCAACAUCGUCAAGGUGACAUUUAAUUUACUUUACUUUACUUUAAGCGACUGAAUUCCUUUCGCGUAGCAUCUGAAAGGCGCGUUCAGCUCUUGCGUUCCCGCUUGGACACCAGAGAGUAAAGCAGUAAAAUGUUUCACCCCCUCUGCCCUCACCUAACGGGCGAGAUUAAAAACCACACAAAACCUCUCCGACCUGCUCCGUAUGGCAACUACUGUCACUUCUGCAGUUUUGUAUUUCAUUAUUUCCUCUGCAUGGUGCCCGGUCCUGUGUGAUGUGACAAGCUCUCCUUUGUCUCGGGAGACUUUGAUUUUGCCCCUUCAUGAUUGGCGAGUUCAUGGGCUGUGAUCCUCGGCUCGAUUUCAUGCUGGUUACUGGUCGGAAGGAAAACACGGAUGAGCUUUGAAAGUGACGUUCAAAUCAGCGAGUGCAUGGUUGUAGCGUUGAUUGUUCUUUUUCUAAACAGCAUGAUGUGACGGUGACCAUCAAUUUUUACCACAAUUCCCAUAUGGAAACCCCUCCCCAUAUAUUUUCGGUGGGCUCACUACUGUUGUAGAUGAGCCGCAGCAGCAAAGUGUCCCGAAAUGUGUCACGUUGUCUAAGUUUUGUUGUGAUUCUGCCGCCAUCUAACGUUCACUUCUUGUAUUGCAGCUUUAUGGAAAAAAUCUGAAAAGAGGUGGCAUUUUUUUUUACAUCAUAUCCUGCACUAUGCUCAUUUAUGCUUUUUCAAAAUUGAGUGAAUUAUGGAAGAGAUAUCAGCGGCACCGAUGUAAUAUCACUGCUCAUGUACACCUCCCUCUUGUCAUUCAGUGAUGCCAAACGCUUUUUGAGCUGGUGCCACCUUUCAAUCGGUUUCCUUGUACAUGAUUUCUAUUUAUUUAAUGCAGAAUUAUAUGGAUUGUAUCGAGCAUGGAAAGGCAAAACGACAAAAAUCACAGGCUUUUAUUUUACAGCAGUAUAUUUGUUUAUUCAGAGGAUUGUUUUUCUGUCUUUUUUUGGAAGAAAUAAAGUCAUUUUCCAUUACAAGAAGAGUGUCUUGUCUUCAUCCUUGAGCGAUGGCAUGUAAUUAAUAGACUCAUUCACUUUGUGUCAGUCCCGUCAAAUGACGCGCAUGUUAGUUUUGUUGAGUCCACAGUAAGUCUCGGCGGCACCGCGUCCAGAGUGACAGCUGACCCCCACCACCACCAGAAGGAAUGUUCCCCCAGCCUGCAGAUAAACCUCAACAGCUGUAGUGCGCAACAGGAGGGAGGUGAGCUGCUAUUUUUGUCUUUCUCCCAGCCAGAAAGAGAAGUGUCCACUGGGAGAGCCUCCCUUUCGCCUUCUGGAUCUCUCCUGAACACAGAAACUUGCGGAGAACCGGCCACUGGACUACAAGAAGUCAGAGGCACCCGCGGCACGGCGGACGGGUCGUCAUGGCGCUGCUGUGCUACAACAAAGGCUGCGGGCAGACAUUUGACGCAGACUGCAACGAGGCCGAUUCCUGCCUCUUCCAUCCCGGAAUGCCCAUCUUCCACGAUGCUCUGAAGGGGUGGUCAUGCUGCCGCAAGAGGACGACAGACUUCUCUGAAUUUCUCUCCAUCAAGGGCUGCACCCGUGGGCACCACAGCAAUGAAAAGCCACGCGAACCUCUGUUACCAGAGGUGUCGUCUGACAAAGCUGGCAGCAAAAACUCCAAUGGCCAGGAGAUCAUCUACCGGGGACCCAAAUCUUCUGAAAAGCUGCUGAGAGAGAGACCAAGUUCAGAAGAACCCAAGAGCAAAUUGCCCGUCAAAGUGGCACCGUCCCUGGCGAAGGAGCUGGAGAAACUGGACAUGAACGAGAGGGCUGAAAAGGAGAAGAAAGAGAGCCAAGGUGUGGUGCCAGGCACACGAUGCAAGAAUUCAGGAUGCAAAACAGUCUAUCAGGGCCCAGAAACUGACCUCGAGGUCUGCACACACCACUCUGGUGCGCCGGUCUUCCAUGAGGGGUACAAGUACUGGAGCUGCUGCUGCAUCAGGACCAUGGACUUUAACGCUUUCCUGGACCAGAAGGGCUGCAUGGCCGGAAAACAUCGCUGGGUCCCAAAGCAGGACAAGAAGAAAGUGGCGUGUCGACAUGACUGGCACCAGACGGCGAAGAGCGUCGUGGUGACGAUCUACGCCAAGAACGCCAACGCGGAGUACAGCUGCAUCGAGGCCAACGGGACGGUGAUCUCCUGUCACAUCCAGUUUGAGAGCGACAAGAUCUUCAAGAGAGACUUCCAACUUUGGGGGGUCAUCAGUGUUCAGCAGAGCGCCGUCAACAUGGUCCCGUCGAAAGUGGAGAUCACCCUCCGCAAAGCCGACGAGGUGGCGUGGGGCAAACUGGAGGACCCUAAUUACAAGCCCGAGCCGGAGCCCGCGGCGGAAAACCCCGACAAUGCCCCGGAGUCGCAACGUCCCGACUGGGACAUUGACGACGAUGACAUCAGCGACUCGGACGAGGAGUGGGUCAACGACACUGCGCCCAAGACAACGCAAGUGGAGGCGGACAAAGGUCAACGACAGGCCCACGUUGAAGAGGUGCCGAAUGUAACGAGGAAAGAGGUGGAGGAAGAGAUGAGGAGGGCCAUGGAGCACAAGAGGCAGGCCGAGGAGAAGCUGGAGGAGCUGAAGAGGCAGCAGGAAGAGGAGGGAUUUGAAGACAUGCCCGAACUGGAAUAAGACCUGCAAAGAAUGUAAUAAUUGAAAAGGUAGACCUUUUCUGCGUUAUACCCCCAAAAUGCUGGCUCACAAACUUCAAAAUCAUUCUGUCCGAAAAUGUGAGUUUCCA